GUGUGUUAUGCUUUGUGGUGGCGAACCGUGGUUCAUGCUAAGGAAUGUCGAUCGCCCAGCUGGCGCUGAUCAAAGGAAGCUUUGCAGAACAGUACGGCUCGGAUAUCCGACCGGGAUUCCCUCAGCAAUAAUACCGGGUGCCAUACUAGUGAUUUAGUGCAUAGCUCAGCUGGAUAAAUACUCCGUAGACCCUUUCACCUUCUCCUUCACCUUCGACUCUCCUACUACUUUUACAACCACCACACAUUCAAAUACACCCACAAAAUGGUCUCAUUCAAGCUCCUCACAACCCUCCUCACAAGCACCGCAGCCAUAGCUGCAACCGCAACAGCACCAGACUUCAACACCCUCAACGUGACCGUCAUCGGCGCGCGCAACAACAAAUCCACCCUGGAAUGCUGGGCCAUCGAACCCGGUUUCACCGAGUCCUCCCAAGCCGGCACCGCAGGCUCCGAGGUACUCAAUCUGGGCCCUGUGAGCGGAAAUGCAUCGUUCUCUGUCCUUCCUGCGAAGUUUGAUGGUGGGAGGCAUAAUGCUCCUGCUAUGCAAUGGGUGGUUUUCCUCUCUGGCCUCGCGCACAUCACCCUUCCGCACUCUGAUAAAGAAGCCUGGAUUCGGGGUGGUAAGGAGGGCGCGAUUCUAGCGCUGGAUACGGUUAGUGUUAGUGGUGAUGGGCACAUUACCAAGUAUCCGUCGGAUGAGGUUACGGUUGCGAUGCAAGUGCCGUUGAAGAAGAAGAAGGUGCCCGGGCAUCAGGUUUUGCAUGACGGUGCGUGUAAGGGGGAGGAGGUCUCGUUGUAG